CAUCCCACAACAUGAGACUGGAUCGAGAACAGAACAUUGAGCAAGACCAAAACGCCAUCCUGGAUCUGGAAUCAGAGCCUGAAAGUCCUUUAGCACCCCCGGCAGAUCUGUUUCAACGACUGGGCCACCAUGAAUGGAAUUUUCGGGAUCAUGGAAAGAAAAAAUUAGUUCCACCCCCGGAAGUGAUGCGAAAGUUUAGUGAACAGAGAAAUAAUCCUGUGUUUCUGGAAUGCCGGAUUCCAAAAAUGACAGAGGAUAUGGCCAAGAGUGCGCUUCUCAGCUUUGUCAAUUCCAAAUGUUGCUAUAGCAACAGAGCUGCAGGAGAGUUGGUCAUUCAGGAGCUGAAACAGCAAACAUUACACCGAUAUCGACUGGAGACUUUUAAUGAAACAAGAGUAUGUGAGUGGACUUUUGAACCUUACACUAAUGCUUUGGUAGAUGGCCCACAAAAUGGUGCACCCCCUCGAUUAUGGGAUAUUAAAGUCCAUGUUCCACAGAUGUUUCAGGAAGAUAUAAAAAAGUUCCGUGUACCUCACUCUUCUUUAGUCAAGGAAUGCCACAAGUGUCAUGGCCGUGGCCGAUAUAAAUGCAGUGGGUGUCAUGGUGCAGGAAGAAUGAGAUGUAUUACAUGCUGUGGAGCCAAGCGUAGAUCAAAAUAUCAGAAACGGUGCCAAAUGUGUUCAGGGACUGGUCGUAAAAGAUGCAGCACUUGUUCUGGAAGAGGCAACAAAACCUGUACAACGUGCCAAGGGGAGAAGAAGUUGCUACAUUUCAUCCAGCUCAUAAUUACUUGGAAGAACAAUGUAUUUGAAUUAAUUUCUGAUGAUCAGUUGAACUUUCCACGAGAAUUGCUCAGCACAGCAGUGGGAGAUAACAUAUUUAAAGAGGAAAACACUCUGGUGUAUCCCCUUGUUGACUUUCUUUAUCCUGAUAUGGUUCUGGCAUCACAAAGAGCUAUUGCAGAGCAUAAGGCAGCUUUCACAAGCACGUCCCGCAUUCUGCAGCAGAGACAGACUAUUGAGUUGAUUCCUGUCACAGAAGUUCACUAUCAGUAUGCAGGAAAAAUGUACCUAUACUAUGUCUAUGGAAUGGAGAACAAGGUAUAUGCUCUGGACUAUCCAGAGAGGUACUGCUGUGGCUGUACCAUCAUCUGACAAUGGAAUACUUGGCAAGGAGGAGAAUUCUUCUAGUAAAAAGCAAGGUUUUUUUUUGCUGACUGAAUUAUCUGACUGUGAGUACACUGCCAACUUGUAAUGCAGUGUUCAGAGCUAAACAUCAGAAGACACAAUAAUUAUAACUUCCCAAAUUUUGUUUAUGCUACAGUUUCUACAAUUACUAUAAUUGUACCUCUUUAGAAUUAAGCCUUGAAGAUUCCAUGUGUGAAAAGAGGCAUCGUAGGAGGAAGCCAACGAAGAGACAAGAAGUAGAAACUACUCUAGAGGGUUAUUCUUUUGGAAUGAAAUAUGCCAAUGAACUAAAUGGAUAGAACAAAAGCACUUGAUGUGAAUGCUUCAUGUUGAUUGCUAUGGGAUUUUUUUUUUUCAAAUAAGGGAUUCAAACAAGGGAGGCCAAGGAAUUGAUUGUCUCUUUCUCAGAGAUGCUGUAUUGUAAUU